AUGGAAAACCUACUGAAGCUGUGCCUCUUUCUUCUCUGCUUUGAAACAGGCUUCCCUGUACAGUGUGUGAAAUGUAGUUCUUACAAGUACGGAAAAUGUACUGGAACACAGGAGACGUGCAAUACAAGAGCUGGUGAAAAGUGUAUGAUACGCAGAACCUGGUAUACAUCUGAAAUUAAUAGAGUGCGAAGUGCUGAGACUAACUGCAUGGAAUCCUGUAAAAUAGAAGAAAAAACAUCUGGACAUCUAACAGUAUAUACCUACUGCUGUGAUUAUAUAGAUUUCUGCAAUGACUUAGGUAUUCCAAUCAUAAUGACUUAG